AUGAGUGAACAACGUAAUUCAACAUCACCUAGUUUGUUUCCUGCACAACAAUCGCGCCCAGAAUUACCGACUAUUUUAGGAAAUUAUGUGACAGAACACGAUGGAGUUACAGAUAAGAUCGAUGGACAACAUCAACGACAAACACAACAACCGUCAGCAUCACGUUCAAAUUCAAACCAGUUAGUUGAUAGGAAUGAUGAUAUUAUUCUUCUCACUCAUAAUAAUGAAAGUAUACAACGUUCAAGACGUCCAACAGAUGUAUAUGCAAGAUAUCGACCAAACAGACAUAGAGAAGUAGGUGAAAACUUUGAAUGA